CUCUUUUUCACAACAUCUUCACUAUUAAUCACCUAGUAAUUUAACCAAACAAGAAUGAAGGGAGCUAGGGUGGUGGCAAUUGUCCUCCUCCUUGCCUUGGCUUUGGCCGAGGCGGCGACACCGAUCCCUCAAUAUGAAGACCCUGGUGUUAUCACUGACGUUCCCAAGAAUCCUAAGGAGCCUAAAGUACCCAAGGAACUUAAGGAACCUAAAGAACCUAAGGCACCCAAGGAGCCUAAGGAGCCCAAGGAGCCUAAGGAACCCAAUGAGCCCAAAGCGCCUAUAGAAUACACACCACCUCCUCCACCUACAACCACCCCAUCACCACCCACAACCACCCCAUCGCCACCAACGAUUACCCCAACGCCUCCAACGACCACCCCAACAACACCUACAACCACCCCAACUCCACCUGCAUCAUCAUCUAGUGGUAAGCAAGUAAGGUGCAUGGACAGGUACUACCCGGGUUGUUAUUACAGGCAGUUUACUUGUCCAGCUGCGUGUCCUGAGAGUUGUCAAGUUGACUGUAACACUUGUAGUCCUGUUUGUGACUGCAACAAGCCAGGUGCAGUGUGCCAAGAUCCAAGGUUCGUCGGAGCUGAUGGUAUCACAUUUUACUUCCAUGGAAAGAAAGACCAAGAUUUUUGUCUAGUCUCCGACUCCAACCUCCACAUUAACGCUCAUUUCAUUGGAAAGCGCAAAUCCAACAUGGGAAGAGACUUUACAUGGGUUCAAGCCCUAGGCAUACUCUUUGACAACCAUCAACUCUACAUUGGAGCCCAAAAGACCGCUACAUGGAACGAUGCCAUGGACCGCCUUUCUCUAUCCUUUGACGGCCAACCCAUCGACCUCUUCGAAACCGAGGGAGCUAGUUGGACGUCCCCAAGUGGCUCAGUAACCAUCACAAGAUCUAAGGCUACAAACGCUGUUGAGAUUGAGGCUGAGGGUAACUUUAAGAUCAAGGCAAUAGUUGUACCUAUCACUGAAAAAGAUUCAUUGAUCCAUAAGUAUGAAAUAGACCAAGAUGAUUGCUUUGCUCACCUUGACUUGAGCUUCAAGUUUUACUCAUUAAGUGGAGAUGUUAAUGGAGUUUUAGGGCAAACUUAUGGAAGCAACUAUGUGAGCCGGGUUAAAAUGGGAGUAGCAAAUCCUAUUGUUGGAGGAGAAAAGGAAUUCCAUUCAUCUAACUUAUUUGCAACUGAUUGUGGUGUUGUUAGAUUCAAUGGUAAUGGGAAUCCUUCUCAAGGAAUGGAGUUUGCUGAUCUUAACUGUGCUUCUGGAUUCAGUGGUCGUGGAGUUGUUUGUAGGCGUUGAAAUGUUUUCAACUAAGAAGAUUCAAUUACUUAUUAAUUUUAUCUUUUCCAAUAAUUUGUACUCCUAAUAAAAUUAGGAGUGCUUAAUUACUUUCUAAUAUUGUAUUUAUGUUGUUUAACACAACAUUAUUUAACACAUUGGUAUGAUUAUAUGCAAUAAAAAAAAU